AUGGCAGCUCUUGAUCUUCAAGUGGUUCACGACCAGCUCGUCAGUAUCGCCCUCGAGGCCGGACGCAUAAUGCUUUCUGCAGAGUCAUCUCGUGCAGCCUCUGCCACGAAAAAAAAUUCUACCGACCUAGUUACUGAGACGGAUAAAGCGGUUGAGAAGUAUGUGUCGACAAAGUUGCACUCUAUUUUCCCUACUUUUAAGUUCAUUGGCGAAGAGACGUUUUCUCCGGGACAAAACCUAACAGAUGAACCUACUUUUAUCGUCGACCCCAUAGAUGGUACAACCAAUUUUAUCCAUAAUUUUCCAUUCUUCUGUAUCUCGCUCGGGUUGGCCGUCGAAAAAGUUCCAGUUAUCGGGGUCAUCUACAAUCCGACGCUCGAGCACCUUUACACUGCAUUCCAAGGCAAUGGGGCAUACCUGCAAAUCGGGAACAAUGCCAAGAGAAGGCUACCCCUGAGAGAGGCCGAGCCACUAAACGAUCUCUCUACCUGUCUGGUCGCUGCGGAGUGGGGCAGCGAUCGCUCCGGGGCCAAAUUUGAGCUUACAAGCGAUGUCUUUAAGAAGCUAGUAAGUGCCAAAGAAGAUGGUGGUUCUAUGAUACAUUCCAUGCGCAGCAUCGGGUCUGCAGCGCUGAGCCUUGCAUCGGUUGCUGCGGGACAGAAUGACGUGUAUUGGAGUGAGGGGUGUUGGGCGUGGGACGUAUGCGCUGGUUGGUGUAUUUUAACUGAAAGUGGAGGUAUCAUGGUUGGUUUAAAUUCGGGCGAAUGGGAGUGUGAGAUUGAGGGCAGAAUGUACCUCGCUGUUAGAGGAGCUCCUAGCGGCCAAAAGGCUAUUAUCCAACAGCUUUGGAGAGUUAAGAGGGAAGUUGAAGAGAAGUUGGAGUAA